CCCUCAAAUGAAAAAUGAUGGGGAGAGUAGAGGAACCUGAGCAGAGCACCACAGCUUCUGUGAUCUAUCUGCAAUGGCUUCCUAGUCAGGACAGGUGUGAAAAUAAAACAUCUAGCUACCUUCAGGAAAAAGAGGAAGCUACCUUCAGGAAAAGCAAGUUUAACUGAGGUGGUGAGAAUGAAAUAGAGCAUUUAGUUUGCUCACAGUGCAGCGAGGGAUGAGGGGUUGAGCUGGGUUUGCCCUGGCUGUGCUGCAGUGCCAUGUUUCCCAAGCAGGACGUGGAGACGGAAGGACACCAAGGAGCUGCUCAGGAGACAGCUCAGUGAUCAGCUGGUGCAGCUGGAAUUCCCUGGGCAGUGUGCACACUCUUGCCAGCUGGAGACCCCUCGGCCCUGCCCGCAGCCAGCGGGAUGAUGGGCUGGAUUGACCGGGUGGUCCCCCAGCCCCCGGUGCCCCAUGUGACAGAGGAGACCCCUGUGCAGGAGCCGCAGCCAGCUAAGGUGAGCAGGGAGCCAGCUUGGGGGGAGCUUGCCUUAUUUUCCCCUGCUGCUAUUGAAGAAACGGAAAAGAAAGUGACCUUUGUGGUUUCUGAGGACUCCGGUUCUGUGUUUGACAGUGUGGGGAGCAGUGUGCUCUCCUGGCUCUCCCAUGGGCUGGAGAAGGUGAUUCCCCAGCCAGCCCCAGCCCCAGGGCUGCAGGCUCUCGGGAAGAGCUUCGAAACAAGCGUCGACAUUGCUGAUGAGACAGAGGUCCAGGUCAUUGGGGAUGAGGACGACGAUGGUCUGGAGAUAACUCCCUUCGAUGCCGAGGAGGAUGUCUCCGAGGGCGAGCCGGAGACUGUUCCAGAGGAGUGGGCAGGAAAACGGGUGCUCAGCUGGCUGUCACAGGGCUUCGAGAGGAUUUUGCCGCAGCCAGAGGGGAUGAAAAAGCUGGAGACAGAGCCGAAGGAGAGGAGCGAAGGCGCGGCGGAAGGCACAGAAGGGACUGAAACCCUGGCGAAGCCGAAGCCCAGCGCUCCAGGCACACAGAGCGGCCCAGCAGAGGAGGCAGCAGCAGCCCAGGGCCAGCCGGGGCCGGGGGCCGCGCUGAGCCCUCAGUCCGUGGCUGCGGACGGCCUCAGGAUGUUCAGCUGGUUUGUCCAGGGGCUGGAGAAGGUGAUGCCACAGCCGGUGACCAGGGAGAAGCAGGACACACAGGGAGUGGCCACAGCAACCUCAAGUCCUGUGGAACAAAUUCAUGUAGUCCCUGGGGAACAGGAGGAAACCCAUCUCAUCCUGCAAGAGAUCGAUGAGGGCCAAAUUAAUGAAGAGAUGACGGCCUGGGCUCACAAGGCUGAGCUGCAGGCAGAUGCUCAUUCCCUUCCCACCAUACAGGAGGAACCUCAGGAAGAAGAAAGCAGACUGUGUUUGUGCUCCCCAAACACUACCGAGGAGGAGGAGGAAAAGGAGGAGGAGGAGGAAGAAAGGAAGGAGAAGGAAGAGGAAGAGGAAGAGGAAGAGGAAGAGGAAGAGGAAGAGGAAGAGGAAGAGGAAGAGGAAGAGGAAAGGAAGAAAGAGGAGGAGGAGGAGAGAAUAAAAGAGGAAGAGGAGAUGAAGCAAGAGGAGGAGGACAGGAAAGAGGAUGAAGAAGAGAGGAAGAAAAAGGAAGAGGACAGGAAAAAGGAGGAGGAGGAGGACAAGCAAAAUGAGGAAGAGGAGAGGAAGAUAGAGGAGGAGAACAGGAAAAAGGAGGAAGAGGAGAGAAAGAUAGAGGAGGAGAACAGGAAAAAAGAGGAAGAGGAGAGGAAGAUAGAGGAGGAGAAGGACAGUACGAAAGAGGAAGAGGGCAGGAAGAAAGAGGAGAAGGAGAGGAAAAAAGAGGAAGAGGAGAGGAAGAUAGAGGAGGACAGGAAGAAAGAGGAAGAGGAGAGGAAGGAGGAGAUGAAGAAGAAAGAGGAGAAGAGGAAGAAAGAGAAGGAGAGGAAAAAAGACAAGGAGAAGAAGAAAGAGCAAAAGAGGAAAGAGGGCUCGCUGCUGACGCGGCACCUGGUGACAGGAGCGUCUCCUGGUGACACGGGCUCCGUCUCCAUCGCGGCCGCCCGUAGCAACCGCAGCCCCUCUUGCGCCUUCAUGGGAGGCGGGAGCACCCAGGCACUCGGGAUCAUUCUGAGUGCUACAGAGCUGAAUGUAAAGACAGGAUUAUGUGUUGUGUCUGCAAAUGCUGCUUCAUACAAACCCCUGCUGCAGCCUCCUUGUCUCCCUGCUGAUGAGGGUGUGGAUGAAGCCUGCCUUGCCCAGGAGGCCCUCGGGGUUGAGCAGCUGGAGGAAGUUGAGAUAAGUAAUCUGGAAGGUGCCCUUGUGCAGGUGGAAGAGGAGACAGCUGAAGCUGCUGAUGCUGAAGGUACAACCUGUAGCAGAAUGAUGCCAAACUGGGGUGAAGAGAAGCAGGGCAUGCAGUGCCUGCAGGCUGCUAGCAGCAUGGCCGGGCGGGCCCGGGACGUCGAGCUGCACCGGCUGGUGCAGGACAAGCCGCGGGCUGGCAGGGACCCGUCCCCUGCUGGCCACGGGGCUCUGGAGCAGCUCCCCAAUGUCCCCAGCUGCCGAGCCCCCGCUGCCGCCCGCACCCCCGUCCCUGGCGCCAGCGAGCCAAAGGCUGGAGUUGUCAACCCCAAUUUUUGCACUGAGGAGCAAUUCCCUCUAGGUGAUGCCCCCACCGUGGAGAUGGAGGAUGUGGAGAGCCCAGGCCGUGCUGUGGAGCUCCACGGCCGCCAUGGAGCGCUGCCGGCUCCCGAGCUGCUGGCGGUGCCCGGCGCAGCAUCCCCCAGGAGGAAGCGACUGCUCCCAGAGGAUGCUCUGGACAAGGGGCUGGUGAGCCAACCCCCCAGCCGAGUGCUGGGCUGGGACGAGGAGCAGAGGGAAAGCCUGCCCGAGCGCUUCGGCUCGGCCUCGAGCCUGAGCAGCGCCGUCAUCAACAGCCGGCUCCAGGAGCUGGUGAGGCUCUUCAAAGAGAGGACUGAGAAGGUGAAGGAGAAGCUGAUUGACUCCGAUGUCACCUCGGAUGAGGAGAGCCCUGUGGCAUCUCCCACCAAGCCAGCACCUGCAGCAGCACCAGUGCCUGCCCCAGGAGGGGAGCUGGAGGGGGACAAACCUUUGGGGGAUGACCACUACUGUGAGAUGCUGUGCUGCACGUUCAAGCACCGGCCCUGGCUGGACCGCCUGAAAAGCUACCAGUUCCCCAGCAGCAUCGACCCCCUCACCAAUCUGAUGUACGUGCUGUGGCUGUUCUUCGUUGUCAUGGCCUGGAACUGGAACUGCUGGUUGAUCCCUGUCCGCUGGGCUUUCCCCUACCAGACUCCAGCGAACAUCCACUACUGGCUGCUGGUGGAUUACCUCUGUGACCUCAUUUAUCUGCUGGACAUCGUCAUCUUUCAGACCCGCCUGCAGUUCGUGCAGGGGGGAGACAUCAUCACUGACAAAAAGGCCAUGAAAGAGAACUACCUGCGAUCACAACGCUUCAAGAUGGAUGUGCUGUGCCUCCUGCCCCUGGAUUUCUUCUACUUCAAAGUGGGUGUCAACCCCCUCCUGCGCUUCCCUCGCUGUCUGAAGUACAUGGCCUUCUUCGAGUUCAACAACCGCCUGGAGGCCAUCCUGACCAAGGCAUACAUCUACAGAGUGAUUCGGACCACUGCCUACCUGCUGUACAGCCUGCACGUGAACUCCUGCCUCUACUACUGGGCCUCAGCCUACGAAGGGCUGGGCUCCACCACCUGGGUCUACGAUGGGGAAGGAAACAGCUACAUCCGCUGUUACUACUGGGCAGUGAAAACCCUCAUCACCAUCGGGGGCCUCCCAGACCCCAAGACACUGUUUGAGAUUGUCUUCCAGCUGCUGAACUACUUCACAGGCGUCUUUGCUUUCUCUGUCAUGAUAGGGCAGAUGAGAGACGUGGUUGGUGCUGCUACUGCAGGACAAACUUACUAUCGGAGCUGCAUGGACAGCACCAUUAAAUACAUGAACUUCUACAGGAUCCCCAGAACAGUUCAGAACAGGGUGAAGACGUGGUACGAGUACACGUGGCACUCCCAAGGCAUGCUAGAUGAGUCAGAGCUGCUGGUGCAGCUGCCAGACAAGAUGAGGCUGGACAUUGCCAUCGACGUGAACUACAACAUCGUGAGCAAAGUGGCCCUUUUCCAGGGCUGUGACAGACAGAUGAUCUUUGACAUGCUGAAGCGGCUCAGAUCAGUGGUCUACCUGCCCAACGACUACGUGUGCAAGAAGGGAGAAAUAGGCCGUGAGAUGUACAUCAUCCAGGCGGGACAAGUGCAGGUGCUGGGGGGACCCGACGGCAAAUCCGUGCUGGUGACUCUGAAAGCUGGAUCUGUCUUUGGGGAAAUCAGCUUGCUGGCAGCAGGAGGGGGAAAUCGCCGGACAGCAAACGUCGUGGCCCACGGCUUCGCCAACCUUUUUAUUUUGGAGAAGAAAGACUUGAACGAGAUUUUGGUGCAUUACCCGGAGUCUCAGAAGCUGCUGCGUAAGAAAGCCAAGAAAAUGCUGAGAAGCAGCAACAAACCCAAAGAUGAGAAAGGAGGCCCCGGAGAUCCCCUGAUCAUCCCCCCGAAAGCUGACACCCCAAAGCUGUUCAGGGCUGCCCUGGCUGCCACAGGGAGGAUGGGGGGCAAGGGGCCCCUGGGGCGGCUCCGCUGGAGGCUGAAGGAGCUGCAGGUGACGCAGGAGGCACAGGGUUCCAGUGUCAGCCCAACCCCACCAAAAUCACCAGUGCACCAGAGAUCGCCUGUCACGGCCCGCAGAGCACAGACCCGCCUGGGAGAAGAAAUAUCCUCAGAAUCUUCUGAUCAUUCAGUCACCAUUCGUGUGAUUUCCACAGCAAAAGAAGAUGAGGAAAUCCUUACUGCUGAGAUUUCAGAGAAAGAUGAAAAAAAAGAAGAGCAAUGAAACAGCAGCAGGUCCCAGGGCAGGCGUAGGAGUCAGGCAAAUGCCUGGGCUAGCAGAUUUUUCUUGUUAAUGAUUUCCAUGCAGUGGCUGUAGGUUUUGCUAUGUGCUGUGGGUAGGAUCUGCCUCUCUCUUCUGCCCAGACCCUCAAUCACUGCUGAUAAAACCCUCUGCCAUUUGACCCAGAACCAUAUAGGGUUUCUUUGCUCUGCAGAUCUAUUGAGCACCUUUAUGAAUUUCCCACUAAAUCUCAGGUCAGCCCUCUUGCUUUGAAAUCCAGCCUUGUGGAAGGACAGCUAUGGAAAAAUUGCUUUUUAUGGCUCUGGAUGGUUAAUGAGUGUUCAAACAAAGCAUGAAGAGUUAUUCACCUCUGACAGCUGAGUCACUGCUUGGCUAGAAACAACCAAGGGAAAAAAAACAACAAGGUUCCUGUGUUGGGCUCAAGGUUGACAGCAGCAGUGGGCAGUGAUUCAUCUGAAAAGGAUGUGGACUAUGCUCACAGGCCAAGCAUGGAGCAAAUCAAGCUGUCAUGAGAAUGCCAAGCUCUGUCCCCAAGUGCACAGACUGCAAGAUGCUUGAGGGUCCCCUCAUGGUGCCAAGACCACCUUGGCUUUGCCACUGGGAAGAAUUCUUGCCAGCUGUCCACUCUGGGAAGGUGGUGGACUCUCCAUUAUUGGGGUUUCUUAUGGGGAGAUUUGAUGAGCAUCUUUCAAGCGUAGAGAAGCACAAUCCUGGAUGAGAUGUUCCUGGAGUUCUUUUCCAACCUUGGGAUUUUUCUGUGCUGCCACUGCUGGGAGGGAUAAACAGAGAGCAGGAAGGGAAAAGCUGAGUUGGUUCCCAGUUGGGAGGGGAAAGAGAAGUGCAGUAAGUGCUCUCCUCUCCCAGACAGUGUUUCAGAGCCUGUAACAUGCCACAAGUGUGCACGAGCUUGCAGGUGCUCCCCUGCACUCAUUGCUGGACCUCAGUGACAUCCAGAUUUCCAGCAGGCAAUUUCCAGCCCUUCAGCCACUUCAGACUGGCUCUUGGCCACAUUUCCCACGGAGACAAAAGCCACUCUGGUCCUGCUCAUCACUGAAGUCAUGAAGUCACUCUCCCAGCUGUGCUGGGACCUGGUGCUGGAGGGGAAGGCAAACAUCUGGUCAGCAGCCAGCAGCCAGCUGAUGGCUCAAGGUGUUCCAUCUUCUACCAGCACCACCAGCUCCUUCCUCAUCCUCCUCAAAGCCAGCACCCAGCAGAGCGAGCUGCUGGUGAGCUGAGAGGUGGUGAGAAGCAGUGCAUGGAUGAGGCUUUGCAGAUCCUCCCCAAGUUUUUGGCUGUCCAUGUUCCCACAGCACCACUGGCUCCAUUGAGAGGAGCCACUUUCCACCCUGUGGAGGAAAAGCUGGGGCAGGUUUUGCUGCAGGGAGCAGCCCUGUCACCAUGGCCAAGGGACUUCUCAGGUGUUCAGCAAAUGCAGUGAGCAGUGCUGCAGGUUCCACAGGUCUGGCUGUGACACAAUGAAGGGUGGCAGUGCUGGUGUCACCCCCUGGGUGAUCCCUCUUCCCAUCAGCAGCACAGGGCUGACCUUCACCUCCUUUGGGAUCUUCUUUUGUUGCUUUUCCCCCCCCUCUCUUGCAAAGUGUAUGGGUUUCUGUGGCAAAAAAUAAAGCCAGAAUAGAUGUUAGCAUUAGUUAAUUGUUGCGAGACAGAGCAUACCAUUUAACUAAAAUAUAACACCACAGUUAAUAAUGUCUUGCUUUCUUUUUAAACAAAUUUGAUGAGCUCCACUAUACUGCAGCAGGGUCUGAAGCCAUCACAUUGCAGGGGAGAGCCUGCACUCACCCAAACCUCCCUGAAUACUUUUAUGCUCAGUCAUUUGCAAGUGGUUUCCUCCCAGGUAGAAGAUUUUGGUAGGGAGUGCAAAGUUUGGGGGUUUUUGCACUCUUUAAAUAAAUAUUUAUAUAAUCACACCAGGAAAUGUGCAAAAAUCAAACUGGGGCUCUUAUUUAUUUCUAUGAUUUAAUAUUCUUUAGAAAUAGUGUUUAAAUAAAUAGUGGGCUGUAAUUGCUCUCAUAAUUCACUGUAUCUACAAUAAACACCAUGUAGAUUACCAUU